AUGGUCUCUACUCUUGCUAUCGGCCUUGGCCUCUGUCUCGGCUUGUCCCACCGCGCCAACGCGCUCUCUGCCGACGGCAGUCCCUCGUUCAAACCCACAGCCGGUGCAACCUGGAACAUCCAAUACGCCACCGCUCUCGACCCCUCCACCGUCAACUCCACCUUCUACGCAUGGGACCUCGACAUGGUCGAUACCCCGCAGUCCACCUUCGACGCGCUCAAAGCCGCGAACCACGCCGUGAUCUGCUACUUCUCCGGCGGCUCGCGCGAGAGCUACCGCACGGACGCGGGCGAUUUCCCCGCGGCCGCGGUUGGGAAGGUCAUGGACGGCUGGCCGGACGAGAACUGGGUCGACACGCGUAACAGCGGGGUGCGCGAUAUCAUGAGCGCGCGCAUCCAGGUCGCGAAGAGCAAGGGGUGCGAUGGGGUGGACGUGGAUAAUGUCGAUGGGUACGGUAACGAUACGGGGUUCAACCUCACGCAGACGGACGGCGUCGACUACGUCAAGUUCCUCUCGGAUACCGCGCACGCUGCGGGCUUGUCGUACGGGCUGAAGAAUGCGGGGGAUAUCGUUCCACAGGUUGUUGACGUCGCGGAGUGGGUUGUGAACGAACAGUGUGUGCAGUACGACGAGUGCGAUCUGUACCAGCCGUUCAUCAAAGCGAACAAGCCGGUGUUCCACAUCGAGUAUACGGACGAUGCGACCGCGUCGCCGGACUUCGUGAAGAAGAGUUGCAGUGGUGGUGGGACAGAUGGGUUCUCGACGUUGAUAAAACACAUGGAUCUGGGCAACUGGACGACGACAUGUUCUUAG